AACCGGGGCUGUUGUCUUUCCAGCUAUGACAUGGUGCACUAUGGCCACUCGAACCAGCUACGCCAGGCUCGGGCCAUGGGAGAUUAUCUGAUUGUUGGAGUCCACACAGAUGAGGAGAUUGCCAAGCACAAGGGCCCCCCUGUCUUUACACAGGAGGAGAGGUACAAAAUGGUGCAAGCCAUCAAGUGGGUGGAUGAGAUUGCUCCAGGAGCUCCCUAUGUCACCACACUGGAAACCUUGGACAAAUAUAGCUGUGACUUCUGUGUGCACGGUGAUGACAUCACCUUAACGAUAGAUGGCAAGGAUACCUAUGAAGAAGUGAAGACAGCAGGGCGAUACAGGGAAUGCAAACGCACCCAAGGUGUGUCCACUACCGACCUCGUUGGCCGCAUGCUGCUCAUGACUAAGGCUCACCACAGCAACAUAGAUGAGGACCUAGACUAUCGGAAGCACACUGACAACUUUGGGAAGGGGCCAAAAGGUCACAGCCCCUGGACUGGCGUCUCGCAGUUCCUACAGACAUCUCAGAAGAUCAUCCAGUUUGCAUCAGGGAAGGAACCGCAGCCAGGAGACACUAUCAUCUACGUGGCUGGAGCCUUCGACCUAUUCCAUAUUGGGCAUGUGGAUUUCCUGGAGAAGGUUCACCAGCUGGCAGAGAAACCCUACAUCAUUGCUGGGCUGCACUUUGAUCAGGAAGUAAAUCGCUACAAAGGGAAGAACUAUCCCAUCAUGAACAUCCAUGAGAGAACACUCAGUGUCUUGGCCUGUAGGUAUGUCUCGGAAGUGGUGAUUGGAGCCCCCUACGCUGUCACUGCUGAUCUGCUGGAUCACUUCAGGGUAACACUUGUGUGUCAUGGGAUGACCGAGGUGGUGCCAGACAAGGAUGGUUCUGAUCCGUACGAGGAACCGAAGAGACGCGGCAUUUUCCAGCUGGUGGACAGUGGCAGCAAUCUCACCACGGAUUUAAUUGUGCAAAGAAUCAUCAAGAACAGGCUGGAGUUUGAAGCUAGAAACCAGAAGAAGGAAGCAAAAGAGCUGGCUGUGUUGGAGGCCAUGAAGAGACUGGAAGAGGAGAAGCACUAGGCCAGCAGAGAGACGAUGCGUGGGUGUCCUGGUUUUGGCCGCAGAGCGCUGCAGCCUCACCUUCUUGAGGAGCAGACAGCUCUUCGAGAGGGGACCCCUGAACGGGGACACCGCUGCUGGCAUGCAGGAUGUGCUGUCCUACCCUCUUCUGUCCUAGCUCCUCCUGCACUAAUUAUGCAGACAUAACAAGUCGGGAUCCUGCUGCCUAGUUCUUCCGCCGUUAAUCAGCCCCCGUCCCCUUUCCCAGGAGGAGAUUUGACAAAAGGAAAAAAAAAAAACAAAACUGUUUUAAUUAUAACUAAUGUUUUAACAUGUUGAUGUGCUUUUACCUUCUGCCAUUUCUGGCUUUUAGUAGGAGGGAAAUGGAGCAGCUGCCCAGGCCCCCUCUGCCCCUCCAGGUUCGGCUGUCCUGACCGGAGUCUGCGUUCCAGAGCAGCCCUUCAGGCGGUGGUGGGGGCAGCUGAACAGACUGGCGAGAACGGCCUCCCCGGGGAAGGGAUACGGCACCCGCAGUUCCUCCUGCAAGCUUUUGGUUAGGGACGCUGGGCCAUCGGUGUGCCGGCUGCUGGAGGUGCCGACGGGCCCUGUGCUCUGGGGUUCGCCACGCUGCCUCUUCUCGGCUGCUGCCUCUGCACAAAUACCAGACCCGAAGCUACUUUGGGUUUAGUUGGAUAAAGCCUCUCUCCGCUGUGGCUGGUGCCAGCGAAUCGUUUGCUGCUCCAGUAACAGGCAGCGGCGCGGCAGCUGCUGAGAGGGGCGGGUGGCUGGUGGCACAGGGACCAUCGGUUCUGCGGUUUCCCUGGCAGGUUGAGGGAUUUCUCCGCACGAGGCAUAGGAACCCUGGGGGCUCUUUUGCCAAAGGCUCUUCCUGUCGCGAGGCAGCAGGACCCGGUGCUGCUCGGAGCCCUGCUUGCUGCUGCCGCCGGAGUCCACCUUGUGCCUGACGGGUUACCUAAGGGGGGGACCUUGUCAACUGAAAUUUCACGGCUGUUUUCUGAGGGCUGACAUGCAGCACGCGUGCCCCUGCGGGGAGCUGCAGGGCCUGAGGAGGUCGGGUGCUGGGCUGAGCCCCUUUCUGCCUUUUACAUUCCAGGGUGCUGUGGUGGGUGUCCUGGGCCGCUCCCUGCACUGUGCUGGACCGUCCUUCCACGCCGGUUCUGUUGUCCUCUCUGUUGUAAACUUUUGUUGCUGAUCAUUAAUAAAAUGUUUAAGAGGA